CCUUUCCACGCAACCUCUCUAUUUAACUCCAAUCACCAGCCAUCAUUUUUCUCUUUCUAAACUGCUGUAACUUGUUUCUCAACGAACUAACAGAAACCAACCGUCAUCUUCUCCGGCGAGAUCUGUAUGUACAGAUUUCAAUAUCAGAUCAAUUCACUUGUGUUCACUUGUUCAAAUUUCAGGUAGCUGAUCCUGUGAAACGCGAGUGUGUUCGUUCGUUCGUUGAUUGAUAGUUGUAGCUGUAGGUCGUUGUACGGAUGGACGGAGGAGGAGGAUCAUCGACGGUGAUGAACGACGGAGACGAUGCGAUAAUCGGAUUGCCGCCUGGAUUUAGGUUUCAUCCGACGGAUGAGGAGAUUAUUACGCAUUAUCUCACGCCGAAAGUUGUUGAUCGGAGGUUUACUGCUAGUGCUAUUGGAGAAGUUGAUCUGAAUAAGUGUGAACCGUGGGAUUUGCAUCAGAGAGCAAAGAUGGGGGAAAAGGAAUGGUACUUCUUUUGUCAAAGAGAUCGAAAAUAUCCGACUGGCAUGCGAACGAACCGAGCUACGGAUUCCGGCUACUGGAAGGCCACCGGAAAAGAUAAAGAGAUACUGAAAAAAGGGAAAGGUGGUGGAAAGUUGGUGGGGAUGAAGAAGACACUUGUGUUUUACAAAGGAAGAGCUCCCAAAGGAGAGAAAACUAAUUGGGUCAUGCAUGAGUUUAGACUAGAAGGUGACUUCUCAUAUUACAACAUGUCUAGAGCCUCCAAGGAUGAAUGGGUAGUAUGUCGUGUUGUUCAAAAGAACACUGAAAUUAAAAGAAACCCUGGUGCGGAUAAUAGGAUGGUGAGAAUGAACUCUUUUGUGGAUGAGUUGAUGGAUAGUCCACAAUGGAUGCCACCAUUGUUGGACCCUCAAGCUUCUCAUUUUGACCCGGAGAGACCCGGGUCAAGUUAUAUUCACCGAGAUCAUGAAAGUUCUGGCGUUAAAAAGUUAAAGGGAUUGGUUGAUCAAGAAAACCCGUCAUUCACCUAUUUCCCUCAUGACCAGUCUCAAAUACUUCAAAGCGACCAAGAUUACAAAAACUUCAUUGAUGCUCCUUAUAGUUACAACUUUGACACCAACUCCUUCCAGAUGAGUCCAUUCGUUAAUGACAAUCAAAGUAACUUUCAAUCGACCCUUGCUAACAAUUUUAGUACAAAUUUCCCGGAUUUAUCGUCCUGGCCAACUCGUGACAUGGAUAGCGCUAGCAAGUUCGAGGGCGAUGCUAAGAUAGGAGUCGGGGAAUGCAAGGUGGAGCCGUAUGUUACAAAUAACACCAACCAGUCUAGCAAGAUUAGUAUGACAUCACAAGAUACAGGAAUUAGUAAUGACAUGACUGGAGAAAUAUCUUCUUCAUCGAUGCAUGAUAUGAGGAUAAGGCCGUGUGAUCAUCCAGAUGAUCAACCGGUCCCAUCUGCGCUUUCAGACUUGGAUUCUUUGUUGGAAUAAUAAUCGGCAAAGAUACUUGAUUUAAUUGAUCAUUUAACAUUCAUUGUGGAUUAGGAUAUUCUAAUAUAGUUCCCCUCAAAAGGUAGAUAGUGAGUGACUUGUAUUUUAUUGGUUUCAUUUCUAGGAUAGGAAAUUAAUCCAUUUAAAUUGUGUAAUGUGUAAAUAACUUAUUUGAAUUUUAACAUUAAGUUUGGUUGUUGGUGUAUAAUGAUGCCAUGAUCA